GUGUUGUGUGUGGCAGCUCCUUCUCCAAAUGGCCUAUAAAAGCGGGGAAGAAGGGGAAACAAGGCAAAGAACAAGUUCAAGAAACAGUAAGAGCCAAGGAGAGAAGAAAAAAAAAAAAGAACUGGACUCCUUCAAUUAGUGCAUUGUUUCUUUUCUUCAAAUGGUAGCAAGAAGACAUUGUUAAUUUGAGAGAUGGCGAGUUACGAGGCUAUUAAGAACUUUGAUGAUGAUGAUGAUGAUGAUGAUGAUGUGGAGAUGGCACUCCCCCAUAGCCAGAUCUCUGAAUCAAGAUCUGCCACUGUUUCUUCCCCCAUUGGCCAAACUACCCCGCUUCACAUUCACAACAUUAUUGAGGAACAACGCAUUAUCUCCAGGCACCAACCUCAACCCAAAUCUCCGCGUCUGGUUUCUCUUGAUGUUUUUCGUGGUCUCACCGUCGCGCUGAUGAUACUUGUUGAUGAUGCUGGCGGACUCAUUCCUGCGCUCAACCAUUCCCCAUGGAAUGGUUUAACACUAGCUGAUUAUGUCAUGCCAUUUUUCCUAUUUAUUGUUGGUGUUUCGCUUGCACUCUCAUACAAGAAACUGUCUUGUGGAGUUGAUGCAUCUAGAAAAGCAAGUUUACGGGCUCUAAAACUUCUUGCGUUAGGCCUUUUCCUUCAAGGAGGUUAUUUCCAUCGCGUGAAUGAUCUGACAUUUGGAGUGGAUAUAAAACAGAUAAGAUGGAUGGGAAUACUACAGAGAAUUGCAGUAGCAUAUUUGGUUGUCGCACUGUGUGAAAUUUGGCUCAAGAGUGAUGAUACUGUUAAUUCAGGACCAUCCCUAUUAAGGAAGUAUCGAUACCAGUGGGCUGUGGCUUUGAUUCUUUCUUUCCUUUAUCUUUGCUUGCUAUAUGGAUUGUACGUUCCAGAUUGGGUGUAUCAAAUUCAAACAGAACCUUCUGCAGAGCCAAAGACAUUUUCAGUUAAAUGUGGAGUAAGGGGUAACACUGGUCCAGCCUGCAAUGUGGUUGGAAUGAUUGAUCGAAUGAUAUUGGGUAUACAACACCUGUACAAGAGACCAAUAUAUGCGCGGAUGCCUGAAUGCAGUAUUAAUUCUCCCAACUAUGGACCAUUACCUCCUGAUGCUCCUGCUUGGUGUCAGGCCCCUUUUGAUCCUGAAGGACUCCUAAGUUCAGUGAUGGCUAUUGUCACCUGCUUGAUUGGGUUGCACUAUGGACAUAUUAUUGUCCAUUUUAAGGACCACAGAGUGAGAAUCAUAUACUGGAUGAUCCCAACCUCUUGUCUUUUAGUUUUUGGCCUUGCGUUGGACUUAUUUGGAAUGCAUAUAAAUAAGGUUCUCUACUCGCUCAGUUACACAUGUGUCACUGCUGGUGCUGCAGGCGUCCUCUUUGUCGGAAUAUACUUGAUGGUUGAUGUCUGUGGAUGUCGUCGCAUGACUUUGGUUAUGGAAUGGAUGGGCAUGCAUGCAUUAAUGAUUUAUAUCCUUGCUGCUUGCAAUGUUUUCCCAAUUUUCCUUCAAGGAUUUUAUUGGGGAAGUCCUCACAAUAACAUUCUCAAGUUAAUUGGAGUUGGCACUUGAAGAAAGGCACAUAAACAUGCUAUUGGAUAAAAGAUUAUAUGCAGUAAGACUGUGAACAUGUUUUACUGUAAAAGAAAUGGCUACCCGAGUUUUUGGAGCUAAUCUUUUGAUCAAGAACAAGAACGGGUGUAGCAUAUUCUUCUAAUCUCUUGAUGACGUCACCUGCAUGGAUGAUGGAUAUAGUUUAGAGUUCACUACAUCUCUUGAUGGCAUUACCUUUUCUAUAUAUGGAGCAGCGUUUGUUUAUAAUAGCACCACUGCGAUAUAAUUUGUACUUUUACUUUAUAUCCUUGAAAUGAUAGAUUUCAAGAGAGUAAGCAUCAUUGGACACGAUACGAUAUUAAUGUAAAAUUUAGUUUUAUAUUUUAUUUAUUGUUACUAUUAGCCUAGAAAUGUCAAUUUCUUCUGCAUGAGCUGGUUCUCUAUUAUUGGAUCUAGUAAAACUUUGUUUAAUCA